AUGACUUGGGGAGGAGUUAAAAGUCAUACACAAGUAUACAACAGCAAGAGAUCGAACCUCGAUAAAAGCUUCGUUCGAGGAUUCUUAUUCUUGCUUGCGCCUUCGAGUUCUUCUUUCUUCUACACUUCCUCUUUUCUCUCUCCUGAAAAUUCUCCGGUGAAUCGGGGUUGUACAGACGGAGAUCGGAUUUUUUCGAAACUGAUGAGUAUGAAGAUUUUUGUGAAGACUUUGAAGGGAACUCACUUCGAAAUCGAUGUGAAACCUGAAGACACAGUUGCUGAUGUGAAGAAAAAUAUAGAAACAGUUCAGGGAUCAGAUGUUUAUCCUGUUGCAAAACAGAUGCUUAUCCAUCAGGGGAAAGUUCUUAAAGAUGGAACGACACUGGAAGAAAACCAAGUUGCUGAAAAUAGUUUUGUCGUCAUCAUGUUAACAAAGAGUAAGAGCUCAUCCAGUGAAGGCUCAACUGCAUCAACUGCACCUACAACUAAGGCUCCACAGACUAGUUCACCAAUUCCUACUUCAACUUCUACACCAACAGCCUCACCAGCUCCUGCUGCAACGUCAGAUACUGAUGUCUACGGCCUAGCAGCAUCAAAUCUGGUUGCUGGAACGAACCUCGAGGGAAUAAUCCAGCAGAUACUUGAUAUGGGGGGAGGAAGCUGGGAUAGGGAUACAGUUCUUCGUGCUCUUCGUGCUGCUUACAACAACCCAGAGAGAGCUGUUGAAUAUUUAUAUUCUGGGGUCCCUGAACAAACUGAGAUUCCACCUGUGGCACGGGCCCCGCCAAGUGGGCAGGCUGCAAAUUCUCCAGCUCAGCCUCCUCAACCAGCAACCACUGCUUCAAGUGGACCAAAUGCAAAUCCAUUAGAUUUAUUCCCCCAGGGUCUUCCCAAUAUGGGUUCAAAUGCAGCUGGCGCAGGAACACUGGAUUUUUUACGCAAUAGUCAACAGUUCCAAGCCUUUCGAGCUAUGGUGCAGGCCAACCCACAAAUCUUGCAGCCCAUGCUUCAGGAGCUGGGGAAACAAAAUCCUCACCUGAUGAGGCUUAUUCAAGAGCAUCAGACUGAUUUCCUUCAGCUGAUCAAUGAACCUGUUGAAGGCGGAGAGAACAUGCUGGGGGAGCUUGCUGAUGCAAUGCCGCAGGCUGUAACAGUUACACCCGAAGAGCGUGAAGCCAUAGAACGACUCGAAGCAAUGGGUUUUGAUCGAGCAAUUGUGCUAGAGGUAUUCUUUGCUUGCAACAAGAAUGAGGAGCUGGCUGCCAACUACCUGUUAGAUCACAUGCAUGAGUUUGAAGAUUGA